UUAAUAUAUUUUGAUAUAUCGUUAAUAUUAUAUUAAACCUAGUCUUAAAUAUUAAAAAUAAAAAUAAUUUUAAAAAUAUUGCAUAUCAAGCAAAUAUAUAAUAAGAAAAAAAUAUAAAAAAUUAAAAAAUAAAUUAUUUGUGUAUUCAAAAUAAACUUUAAAAAUAUUUUUUCACAAUUUUUGGGAUUACUUCAACACACACAUAUACAUAUAUAUAUAUGUAUGCAUAUGUAUGUUUAUAAUAAUUAAAUAAAUGAUUUGAAACAAAUCAAAGCAUAAUGUACCAAAUUGAAAGGCCUUUUUCAAAUGAAACAAUCUCAAUUAUAUUGCUCGCAUAUUUAAUUUCAAUGUAAUAGUCUUAAGGAUGUCAUCAGAUUUUACAAUUAUUGGUACUAUUAGUAAUUAUUUAUUAUCUAGGUUAUUUGUAAGAUAAAAGUAGGUGGAGCUAUGUAUAUAUCAUGUAAAGUUACUAGUAAUGCUCCUUUGGAGCCUGAGGCAGGAUAUGUGCCAAAUAAUCCUUUAUUUGGUAUAUCAUUUGAUAGUCCACAGGAAUGCUUGGAAUCCUGUUCUGGAUGUAUAUCCUGCCAGAAUAAUACAUCAAUUCCACCAAUUCAUACUUCGGAUUUAGAUUGUGAAAGUUGUUUCGAUCAAAAUUUAACCGUUUUAAGUUCUUCACAAGGAAACUCUACAACAAAUUAUUGGAAUACAGAAGAAAUGUCUUCAUUUCCUGGACUACCUCCACUAGAUAUUGAUCCUUUACCCAGUUUAUUCCCUUUUUCACCAUCUUGUAGUGCUUCUUACAAUACAAGAUCUGACAUUAAACCCGGUAGUACAAAUGAUGUUGCCGAUGUCCUUCUUUCCUUAAAACAUGCUGUAUAUAAACAAAAUUAUGAUCCGACGACUUAUGCAACUCAUCAAGGACAAAAUUGUAGUUUUUCAGCACCACAAACAUCUUUAUCAUAUACAGUACACCCUCAAAUGUUACUAUCACCAAGCCAUCAUCAUUUUAAUCAGUCUCAAACCCAAAAUACAAACGUUAAUAGUCAAACAUAUUAUGAUGGUACUCCAAAUCAACUGGGUCCACCAUCAUCUUUAUAUCCUAGUGUUAGUGUUAAUGUAAAUAUGACAAUGCAUGGAUAUCCUCCAGCGGAAAAUACAGUUCCUUUACCAUGUUCUCAAUGGACACCAAAUUCGUCAUCAUCUGUAAAUGUUUUAUACCCGCAAUUACUUAGCCCUUCGCAUUAUAGUGGUGGAGCAACGUAUUCAUUUACAGCUGAUUUUCGAGCUCCUUCACAAGGUUCACAACAGCCACAACAACAACAACAGCAGCCACAACAAUUACAGCAACAGUCACAAGCUUUAACAAGCUUUACAGAUUCUACAAAUAAAUUGUCACCAACAUUAUCACAAAAAUCAUUUCAUCAACAUACAAUCGAUCCUCAAUCACCAAGCAAAAGCCCUUUGUAUUUACAAGACACUGAAAAUAAAACUGUACGAAUUGGAUUUGAUGAAGAUGAAGAAAGCAAUGAAUUUGAAGAAUCUGAAUCUAGUAAACCAAAUUUAUGUAGACUUUGUGGAAAAUCUUAUGCCCGUCCAAGUACAUUAAAGACGCAUUUGAGAACACACUCGGGUGAAAGACCUUAUAGAUGUACACAGUGUAAUAAAAGUUUUUCUCAAGCAGCGAAUCUCACAGCUCAUUUACGCACACAUACUGGCCAGAAACCUUUUAAUUGUAAUAUAUGUGGUAGAAGAUUUUCACAAAGUUCAAGCGUAACAACACACAUGAGAACACAUUCUGGUGAAAGACCAUAUAGGUGCCGCUUCUGCAAAAAAGCUUUUUCAGACAGUUCUACCUUAACAAAACAUUUACGAAUACAUUCUGGUGAAAAACCAUACCAAUGCAAAUUAUGUUAUUUACGAUUUUCUCAAUCUGGCAAUCUAAAUAGACACAUGAGAGUUCAUGGAAAUAAUACGAAUGUGAUAUCAUGACAAAAAUCUAAAACAUUUUAUAAUUUCCAUGAUAUAGAAAGUAAUAAUUUAUUAGCAACACCAUCGUUUCCAGUGCCGCAACAGCAAACACCACUAUAUACCGAAUUUGAUGGUUAUAAUUUCUAUGCAGCUCAAGUGAUGGAAAAGAAAAAUAUCAUAUUUAGCAACAAAAAAAUGUACAAUAAUAAAUUUUUGACUUAAAUUAAUAUAAAUGUAAAAAAGUGAUUUCUUUAUGUGAAAAAAUGUGUCGUCCGAAUAAUGAAAUCAACACCAAACUUGUCACAAGUUGUGUCUUUUCUGCCAAGGACGGAUGCUAUUGUAAUUGGACCAAUUUGGACAAUGGAUUCGGGUAACUGCCAUACAACUCAAAGAGGGUUUUUUAAAUAUUUUAAAAUUUAAGAGAUAUAAGUAUCAAAUUUUGCAUUAUAUUUUACAUUGUAUGUUCUGAAAAUUUUAUUGAAAUGGAUACACUAGUUCGAGUAGCUGCCAUUCGACU